CUUAUUUAGCAUUUUAUGACCAACUUAUUACAUUAAUGAUGAGGCACUAUGAUUGUGUUUGUUUGUUUUGCUUUUGAAAUAUCAUAUUGAUAUCCACACUCAGAAUAGCGGUGCUUCCAUGGCUCUCUUGCUUUGGCUGUCGGCCACUAGUCGGCCCGCCGCGGUGCAGCCAUACUGUCCGGGUCAGCUCGGUUCAGCUGCGGGUAGUGAGCCGGCAUUCAGAGAGGAUGCUGAGGCCCGCAGGUCUCGGUGCACACCCGCCCUUAACCCGGGGCUAUUAGGCCGGUCCGGGCUAUGGCUGCACCCGUCGCACACUUCGACGCCGACUGGCUGAUCUUGGGUGACUUGAGCAUGGUGUCGGACCGGACGCCGCUGCCGCAGAAAGGGUCCGCCGCGGGGGAAGCGGCAGCAGCAGCGCCGCCGCUCCUCUCGGAUGAUGGCGAGCUGCAGGACGGCGGCUUCUCCUCGGGGGGAACCGGCGCGUUCAUGUCCACGGAGGACCUGGUGCACGAGUUUGACGAGAAGUUAUCCGCGUGCUUCCGACAUUUUAACCCCGAAACGGAGAGCGUCGCUCCCGUGAGUUUGAUGACCGAGGACUCGCUGCUGGAGAAAGACGAACUCUGGAAGGCUUUGACCAGUAACUAUGGGCGCGUGAUGCCGGUGGAUUGGAAACGUUCUCGAACAUGCUUCCUCCACGUCCCCACGUUCAACCUGGAGAAGAAAGCCAGAAAGACUGAUGUCACGCCGGAGCUGUCGGACGACGAGGAGCUCAGGGAGCAACUGGACAUGCACUCCAUCAUCGUCUCCUGCCUCGCAGAGGAGCCCCUCUUCACAGCAGAGCAGGUUAUCGAGGAGAUCGAGGAGAUGAUGCAGGACUCUCCUGAGGUCGGGCCCAAUCCCUCUCAGUCGGACUUCUCGAUGCUCUCGCUAGAAGUCCAGCGGUCCACCAGGAGCCCCGGCUACGAGUCCAGGGUGAGGACCCUGAGUGUUGCAGAGCUGAAUGAACGUCUGGAGGAGACUGAGACGAACAUCAGGAUGUUCUCGGAGGAGCUGGUGCUGCAGCUGGCUCUCAGGGACGAGCUGGACUUUGAGAAGGAGGUGAAGAACAGCUUCAUCUCCGCGCUCAUCGAUGUACAAAAUCGACAGAAGGAGCACCGGGAGCUGCUGAAGAAGAAGAAGAAGCUCAAAGGUGGAGCUGGGACGCCGCAGGGCCAGGCGGAGAAGGCGGUCGGAUCACGCUUCAGCGUGGAGGGGAUCUCUUCUGUCAUUCAGAACAGCUUCCGGCAAACCUUUGGGGGCGGGUGCAGUGACAGACAGUAUUUGACCACAGUCAUCCCGUAUGAGAAAAAGGGGCAGCCUCCAUCGCUCGAGGACCUCCAGAUCCUGACGAAGAUCCUUCAAGCUAUGAGGGACGACAGUGACAAGGUGCCCAGUCUCUUGACAGACUACAUUCUCAAAGUGCUUUGCCCAACGUAGACCGGAGGGGCGGUGUUCGACGCUCUGCUGAGGCUUCAGAUAGUUAACCAUGGCAACAAGAUGAAGAGGACUCCUUGUUGUUUUUUUUGAAGACACACUUCAUUUAUUCGUGCAUGUUUUUACCUAAAAAAUAUUAUUUAUUUUGUUAACUUUUUUUCUUCAUUUCGUUGUAUUUAUUUCUGUGUUGACUUUUGUGAUUUUUUCCAAACCUUGUGUGUUCCCGUGAAUUUUGACCUUUUUCUUUCAGUGUUUUUAAUUUUCUUGCACCGUGAAAAAGAAGCUUAGCAAUUAUACAUUAUAUGAAAUACCAAUAUAGUAUAUCCCAACAGAGAAGCUGCAUUGUUUGCAGAGUGAGCGAUGCGAGCUUCAAUGCAAAGGGGUUUUGUAUUGAUCUGUGGUGCUGACCUAUCCUUUGAGCAAUGAACAAAUGCACAAAGCACAUCAAAGUUGCAGUAAUAGAGAAAUAUGAAAGGAGCUUUUCAAGCAGCAACACUGUAAAGUAUAAACAGUAAAGUCAAAUUGAUCCCCAGCAGGAAACCAAUAAGUAUAACGUAAGCAAUUGAUACGGAUCAGAGGGAAGGAAUGAACGGGGUACAGAUGCAUUUAAUAUAAUGGAAUAAUAACAAAUAAACGAGUUUGCAGUUUGCAUAAACAUAAUGUAAAACCGUCAUAUAAGCAGAGCAUGUAGCAGCAGAACAGUACAUACAUCAACAUCAUUAUUAUCCCAUAAUAAGAUAAAGUGUUGAUGAUCAAAGUGAAGUAGCUUGGACUGAAAUGAAUGAACUAACUAACUAUGCAUUUGAGUGAAUACUGAAUUGUGAUACAUGCACUGUUUGUACUUUCUGAAUCAGAGACUCGAGCGUCGACGUGCCUGCUGCGCACAGGGCAGCUCGUUAUUCUGUAUGUAUCCUUGUAUAUGUACACACUGCCUUUACCUGGAACUUUUUACAUUAUAAAUGACUUAUUUUAAAUGAAUGUCAAAUUGCUGGUCUACUUGCUUCAUUGUUAAUUUAUUUUGUAAACAUCUUCUUUCAAAUAUAUUGAUUAAAAAUCCCACCUUUGU